UCUCGUGAGCGCGCAUGCUGUUACAGCUGCCGGAAGUAAAUGCACUCACUACAAUAACGUGUAUCUCUUUAAACUGAUAUAAAAUACACAAAUGUUGAUAAUCCAUUUUACUAAUUCAAACAGCAGCUCUGAGGGGUUCUGAACUGUGUGUCACGUGAAUAUUAUGACGUAAUGAACCGCGACAGAUCAUUUUAAUGAUUCAGGGACGUCAGUGGAUGAACCCACGAUCCUUUAAUUUGUUUUUGUUUAGUUUAGUUUGUGUGCUCUUGUGUGAUAGUUUUGUGGUUUGUUAUCAGUGUUUCGCAGGUUGUGUUGGUCUUAGAGGCGUUACUGUAUGACAGACUGAUAAGAGUUUGAGUAAAACUUUAUUGUGCAGAAACUCUUUCAGACGUUCACAUUAAUACACACAUGUAUGAACACAUCUCUUCAUGAGAGUGUUACACGUGUCAGAGAAUGAAAGUGCUGCUCCUGAAAGAGCCCAGAGAACAUGAAAAUGGACCAGACCCUUAUAUCAAGCUCUUUCACCCCGAGAGGUUUGGAGGUCUGAUCUUCACCAGUCCACGAUCUGUACGGGCUGUCAAGAUGUGUUUAGAGAAACACAGACAACGUGAGUUUUGGGACACCGUGAAAGACAGCUGGAAUUCAAAAUCCAUUUAUGUGGUUGGAAAGACAACAGCAUCUUUAGUUGUAGGUUUGGGCCUGAAGCCUGUGGGUGAGGACACUGGUACUGCAGAUGCUCUGUCUUCACUCAUCAUACAAAGAGAAAAGUCUGAUGUCCUGCCACUGUUCUUCCCGUGUGGUUCCAUCAAGCGUGAGGUUCUGCCAGCGGCUCUCAAAGAGAACAAUGUUCCUCUGGACGCUCUGACUGUCUAUCAAACAUCUGAACAUCCAGACCUGCAGAAGAACAUCACAGAUUAUUUCUCUCAGCAGGGUGUUCCUGCGAGUGUGGCGUUUUUCAGUCCAUCAGGUGUGAGGUUUUCUGUGGAUUUGGUGGAAAGACUUGCCGGUUCUCAGCUGGAGCAGAUCAAGUUUGUGUCGAUAGGACCGAGUACGGCAGACGCCCUGCGGUCUCACAGGCUCACGGUGAGCUGUUGUGCUGAGAAACCCACAGCGAAACACCUCGCCACUGCAAUCUCACAGACCCUACAGAUACCCACACCUGACCUUCUGUUUCUCUUUAAGUAUGGAUUCAUAAGAGCAGCAGACAGUGAUGAAAUUCAGAGUUUAGCAGAACCUGUGAGUGAGACAGAUGACAUCUUUCCUCUGAACCUGCAGGAGGGUGGAGUCAUGUCCCGAUCCAGCAGCACUGAACUCCAGAACCAGCAGCCCGAGUUUAUCUCCGCUCUUAGAGAGUUCCAGAGAGUGUCCAGUCUGCCCGUCACAGGAGUGUUUGAUGAUGCCACCAAAGCUGCUAUGAACCAACCCAGAUGUGGCGUCCCAGACCAGGAAGAACAACCAGAACUCAUGGAGUCCAACAGCAUCUCCACACAGAAUCCUGCUGAUGUCACACAGAACCACAGUGAGGUCAUGCAGAACCCCGCUGAGGUCAUGCAGAACCACAGUGAGGUCACAUCUAACCCUGCUGAUGUUACACAGAACCACAGUGAGGUCACGUAUAACUAUGAUGAUGUCACACAGAACCCUGCUGAUGUCACACAGAACCACAGUAAGGUCACGCAGAACCCAGCUGAUGUCACGCAGAACAUCAGUGAGGUCACGCAGAACCCUGCUGAUUUCACACAGAACCAAAGUGAGGUCACGCAGAACCCUGCUGAUUUCACACAGAACCAAAGUGAUGUUAAGCAGAACCACAGUGAUGUUAAGCAGAACCACAGUGAUGUUAAGCAGAACCACAGUGAUGUUAAGCAGAACCACAGUGAUGUUAAGCAGAACCACAGUGAUGUUAAGCAGAACCACAGUGAUGUUACCCAGAACCACAGUGAGGUCACGCAUAACCACAGUGAGGUCACGCAUAACCACAGUGAGGUCACGCAUAACCACAGUGAGGUCACGCAGAACCAAAGUGAUGUCACGCAGAACCACAGUGAUGUUACCCAGAACCACAGUGAUGUUACCCAGAACCACAGUGAGGUCACGCAUAACCACAGUGAGGUCACGCAUAACCACAGUGAGGUCACGCAUAACCACAGUGAGGUCACGCAUAACCACAGUGAGGUCACGCAUAACCACAGUGAGGUCACGCAUAACCACAGUGAGGUCACGCAUAACCACAGUGAGGUCACGCAUAACCACAGUGAGGUCACGCAUAACCACAGUGAGGUCACGCAUAACCACAGUGAGGUCACGCAUAACCACAGUGAGGUCACGCAUAACCACAGUGAGGUUACGCAGAACCAAAGUGAUGUUAUGCAGAACCACAGUAAUGUUACGCAGAACCACAGUGAGGUAACACAGAACCCGGCUGAUGUCAUGCAGAACCACAUGGAGGUCACGAAGAACUACAGUGAGGUCACACACAACCACAGUGAGGUAACCAAGAACCCUGCUGAUGUCAGGCACAACUACAGUGAGGUCACACAGAACUACAGUGAAGUCACGCAGAACCAAAUAGAGGUCACGCAGAACCACAGUGAGGUAAUACAAAGUCCUGCUGAUGUUAGGCAGAACUACAGUGAGGUCACGCAGAACCACAGUGAGGUCACGCAGAACCACAGUGAGGUCACGCAGAACCACAGUGAGGUCACGCAGAACCACAGAGAGGUCACGCACAACCUCAGUAAGGUCACACAGAGCCCUGCUGAUGUCAGGCAGAACUACGUAGAGGUCAUGCAGAACCACACUGAGGUCACACACAACCACAGUGAGGUAACACAGAACCCUGCUGAUGUCAGGCAGAACUACAGUGAGAUCACAAAGAACUACAGUGAGGACAUUUAUAACUACAGCGAGGUUACGCAUACCUACAGUGAGGUUACACAGAACCACAGUGAGGUCAAGCAGAACUACAGUGAGGUCACGCACAACCACAGUGAGGUAACACAGAACCCUGCUGAUGUCAGGCAGAACUACGUAGAGGUCAUGCAGAACCACACUGAGGUCACACACAACCACAGUGAGGUAACACAGAACCCUGCUGAUGUCAGGCAGAACUACAGUGAGAUCACAAAGAACUACAGUGAGGACAUUUAUAACUACAGCGAGGUUACGCAUACCUACAGUGAGGUUACACAGAACCACAGUGAGGUCAAGCAGAACUACAGUGAGGUCACGCACAACCACAGUGAGGUAACACAGAACCCUGCUGAUGUCAGGCAGAACUACAGUGAGAUCACAAAGACCCACAGUGAGGUCACGCAUAGCUACAGUGAUGUUGGGAAUCGCAGUGAUAUCGCUCCUCCUGCCGCGAGGAGAAAACGACACCUGGCGGCUCUGUUAAAAAACAGACGGAGGAGGGAUGUGGGCGAUUGGACGGGUCACAUGUCUUUCACUAAGACUCUUCUGAAGUGGCGUGUGAUUGGUGAGGGUUACAGCAGUCAGCUGUCCAUCGAUGAGCAGAAGUAUAUCUUCAGACUGGGCUUCCGCAUGUGGAGUGAAGUUUCACCACUGGAGUUUCACGAGGAUUUGCAUUCACCUUUAGAAGACAUUGAUAUCAGACUGGGCUUUGGUACAGGUAGACAUCUGGGCUGUUCUCAGAGGUUUGACGGCGCGGGUCAUGAGUUCGCUCACGCCUGGUUUUUGGGAGAUAUUCAUUUUGAUGAUGAUGAACAUUUCACUGUUCCAAACACCGGCAGCGGGAUCAGUCUGCUGAAGGUUGCAGUUCAUGAGAUCGGUCAUGUUUUGGGACUCCCUCACAUCUAUCGAGCCGGAUCCAUCAUGCAGCCCAGUUAUCUGCCUCAGGACUCAGGCUUUGAGAUCGACUGGAUGGACAGAAAAUCCAUUCAGAGUCUGUAUGGUGUGUGUCAGGGUCGGUUUAGUGCCGUAUUUGAUUGGAUCAGGAAGGAGCUGACGCCUUACGGUGAAGUGACAGUUCGUUUCAACACAUACUUCAUGCGGGACGGCUGGUACUGGCUCUAUGAGAACCGGAACAACAGAACCCGGUACGGAGAUCCGGUGGCAGUGCCAGUUGGGUGGAACGGGCUGCCUGACAGCGGAGUGGACGCUUACGUUCAUGUGUGGAACCGCAAAACAGACGCUGUUUACUUCUUUAAAGGUGUGCAGUACUGGCUUUACGACAGUGAGAACGAUCGAGUGUUUGCUAAUGACUCUCUCGGGCGCUCGUAUCCACGUCUGAUCUCUGAUGAUUUUCCCGGCGUGAUCGGACCGGUUGACACGGCUUAUUACGACAGGAGAGACGCUCACGUCUACUUCUUCAAAGGAUCACAGGUGUUUAGAUUUGACGUCCGAACGAACCGCUUGGCCAAAUCUUCCCCUCAAAAAAUCACUGCAGUGUUUCCAGCGGUGGUCCCCGGCGAUCAUCCGGUCAGGAAUGUGGACGCGUCGUACUUCUCGUACACACACAACAGUGUGUUUCUGCUGAAGGGUGAGCGCUACUGGCGGGUGGUGAGCGCUAGAGAUCGGAGACGGAAGCCGUCGCUGCCUCUGAACGCUCUUCUGCCUCACAGAGACGUGGAUCAGCAGUGGUUUGACAUCUGUGAUGUUCACAGCAGCUCUCUGAGGACAGCACGCAGAUGA